AUGUAUAGUGAAACGACAAAAGACAAAGCAGCGAGCGAGCCGGUGGCACGUGCGCUCGGAGAAAGUCUGCAGGCGGCCGGUAGCUUCCCGCUGGACGAGUUCUCGCGACAUUCCUCGCAAAAGGCGCGCCCACCGCUCUACGCCGUCUGCAGUCCGACACAGAAAUCGACGGCCACCGGAACAGGUUUUGUUCGUGAGGAGUUACCAAGAAGCAGUUACUGUACACCUCUGUCUCAGCAGGUAUACCUCGCCGCCGUGCUGGUCGCGUCAGCACUAGCGGAAGAGGCACGCAGCAGUUACACGGCCAAGAAGCACGACAAACGUGGCAUCCUCAGCGGGGCGCACUCCAUCGGCGACUUCAUCGGUGGAGGAGCCCUUCUGGGCGGGGGCAUCGGAGGUGGCUAUAUCGGCAGCGGUUUGGGCUACGCCGGGGGCUACAGUUACGGUGGUGGUCUGAGUGCCGGCGCCAUCGGCCUCGGAUCCGGACUCGGCGCCGGGUCCCUGGGAGGCGGCGGCAUCGGACUUGGCGGAGGCGCCGUCGGCAUCGGCGGGCCCAUCGUGACAGUCCAGCCCACAGAGACCGUGGUGCAGACUGUAAGGGUACCGGUCCCCCAACCCGUCGCCGUCCCAGUCGACCGCCCCGUCCCCGUCCCCCAGGCAGUCCCAGUUCCGGUCAACCGUCCAGUCCCCGUACCCCACCCGGUGCCCGUCAGGGUCCCCCACCCAGUGCCCGUGUCCGUCCCCAGCCCCUACCCCGUGGAAGUGCCCAGGCCCGUGCCGGUCGCUGUCAACAGGCCGGUCCCCGUUCCGGUACCCCAGCCGUACCCCGUCCGCGUCCCCCAGCCGGUCCCGGUCGGAGUACCCCAGCCCGUACCGGUCCGCGUGCCCGUGGCCCAGCCCAUUGCAGUCCCGGUGCCGGUCAGCUCCGGCUUCUCCGGUGGUGCCAUCCUAGCCGGCGGCGGUCUCGGGUCCGGACUCGGAGGAGGCUAUGGUCUCGGCGGCGCGGCGCUGUCGUCCGGGUACCUCGGCUCUGGACUCCUGGCUGGUGGAUACGGCUCCAGUGGGAUACUGUCGUCCGGUCUGUACGGUGGUGCCUACUCUGGCAGCCUACUGUCUGGGCAUGGCUACGCUGGAAGCUACAAGAGCUACCAUUAA